CAGGGACCGAGCCAGCUGGGCGAGGCGACGGGCGCCCGGGCUGGCGAAUACGGGCGGCCCCAAGCCGGUCCAGGCGGGGCGAGCGGGAGGACUCAGUGAGGAGCCCCGGGAAGGGGCGAGGCUCGCGGGCGGAGGGAGCGCCAGGCCCGAUCCCUGUCGCGGGCGGCCGCGGGAGGCAGGGGACCGACUGACUUACUGACCGACCGACGGAGGCACACCCCGCUCCACCCCACCCUGUCUCGCCCGCACCCCCUCACCGGCGCCGCCUCCCUCUCGCUACUCGCUUGGCCACCCCUUCCUUCCCCACUUCUUUUCCGCCUCCGCCCCUGCUUGGCUUCCGCGGCGCCAGUGCCUUCCCCUGCCCCGGGCGGGGCGCCUCGGCUCCCUGCAGAGCUCUCCGUAGAGUCAGAGGGACGUUUCGUUCUAGCAGAGGAGCAGCCCCUGCGCUGGGCGAGAGGUGCCGAGGGAGCUUCUCCCCCGAGGACCAGGGGAUGCGAAGGGACUCCCCGCGGUGGGGCGCUUUCUCAGUCAUUGUGGGCGUGGCCUAAUCCAAGACCGAGGGUAUGAAGUCGAUCCUCGAUGGCCUUGCAGAUACCACCUUCCGGACCAUCACCACAGACCUCCUCUACGUGGGCGCCAAUGACAUUCAGUACGAAGACAUCAAAGGCGACAUGGCAUCCAAAUUAGGGUACUUCCCGCAGAAAUUUCCUUUAACUUCCUUUAGGGGAAGUCCCUUCCAAGAAAAGAUGACUGCGGGCGACAACCCCCAGUUAGUCCCGGCCGACCAGGUGAACAUCACCGAAUUUUACAACAAGUCUCUGUCCUCCUACAAGGAGAAUGAUGAGAACAUUCAGUGCGGGGAGAACUUUAUGGACAUGGAGUGCUUCAUGAUUCUGAACCCCAGCCAGCAGCUGGCCAUCGCUGUGUUGUCUCUCACGUUGGGCACCUUCACGGUUCUGGAGAACCUUCUGGUGCUGUGCGUCAUCCUCCACUCCCGCAGCCUCCGCUGCAGGCCCUCUUACCACUUCAUAGGCAGCCUGGCCGUCGCCGACCUCCUGGGGAGCGUCAUCUUCGUCUACAGCUUCGUCGACUUCCACGUCUUCCACCGCAAAGACAGCCCCAACGUGUUUCUGUUCAAAUUGGGCGGGGUCACAGCCUCGUUCACGGCCUCGGUGGGCAGCCUGUUCCUCACGGCUAUCGACAGGUACAUAUCCAUCCACAGGCCCCUGGCCUAUAAGAGGAUCGUCACCAGGCCCAAGGCCGUGGUGGCCUUUUGCCUGAUGUGGACCAUCGCAAUCGUGAUCGCCGUGCUGCCCCUCCUGGGCUGGAACUGCAAGAAACUGCAGUCCGUGUGCUCAGACAUUUUCCCUCUCAUCGAUGAAACCUACCUGAUGUUCUGGAUCGGGGUCACCAGCGUGCUGCUGCUGUUCAUCGUGUAUGCCUACAUGUACAUUCUCUGGAAGGCGCACAGCCAUGCGGUGCGCAUGAUCCAGCGCGGUACCCAGAAGAGCAUCAUCAUCCACACGUCAGAGGACGGCAAGGUGCAGGUGACUCGGCCGGACCAAGCCCGUAUGGACAUUCGGCUGGCCAAGACCCUGGUCCUGAUCCUGGUGGUCUUGAUCAUCUGCUGGGGCCCUCUGCUCGCGAUCAUGGUGUACGAUGUCUUUGGGAAGAUGAACAAGCUCAUUAAGACGGUGUUUGCCUUCUGCAGCAUGCUCUGCCUGCUGAAUUCCACCGUGAACCCCAUCAUCUAUGCUCUGCGGAGCAAGGACCUGAGACAUGCUUUCCGGAGCAUGUUCCCCUCGUGUGAAGGCACUGCGCAGCCUCUGGAUAACAGCAUGGGGGACUCAGACUGCCUGCACAAGCAUGCCAACAACACGGCCAGCGUCCACAGGGCCGCGGAGAGCUGCAUCAAGAGCACGGUCAAGAUCGCCAAGGUGACCAUGUCUGUGUCCACGGACACGUCUGCCGAGGCUCUGUGAGCCAGACGCGUCCCUGGCAACACAGGAAAAGAAAUUCUCUCUCUCUUUUUUUUAAAGCUCAAAACCCAGAAGAAAAUCUGUCGUCUCAUCGGUUUUAUUUUUUUUAAGUUGACCAUGCUCAGUGAAAAAGUGAUUGUCAACGUGAUCAGUUCUCAGUUCUCUACUGUUUCAUUAGCCUAGGUCCUCAAACUCAGUUCUCCAGGGGUUUACAGUGAAGAAAACCUGUUGCUUAAGGGACUGGAAGGUCCUUCAAAGUCUCAGUGAAAUAGGAGAAAAACCUUUGGCUACACAGUUUGAAGCCUAAGUAUCCAUAGAAAAAGGCCAUCCGAUAAGUAAUGCCUUUGAAACCACAGCUUUCAUUAUAAUGUGAAGUGUAUUUGUCUCGAAGUAUCAGAGAUGUCCAUUUUUACAACAGUUAGAGUACUAAAGUAGAACUAUUUUGUAACAUGUAUUGUGUCCUGUGAAAUGUGUAUCAGUGUUUACUAUGUGUUAUUUCUCUUUGUCUGGUUCAGCAGAACUGCAAGGUGGGCUUCUAUGAGAACCGUGGAACAUAAGCAGUGGAUUGAUGUCAGUGAGACCACUUUUCAAAACAUUAUUGCCCAUGAUGUAACUUGAGAAACCUUAAUAUUUUUUC